GCUUUGCAUAUCUGCUCUGCGACAUUUAAAUCCUAACUGCAAACACCUUCUGUCACAGUAGGACACGCCGACGAGACGUCGCUCACCGUGAACAUGUCGGGCGCCAUCGCCUCCGCUCUCCUGACCGCCUGCCUUUUGCCCCUGAUGUCGUCGACGGUCGUCCAGGACUUCAAUCACGUCGAGCGGUGCAAGGACUCCCUGUACAUGGGGACGCCGCCGCGGGGGAUCAGCGACGCGAAACUGAAGAGGAUCUGCCAACGGUACGCGGACAAGCCCCGCUUCGUGACCCUGUACGACCCCCAGAAGCGGAUUCCCGUUUACUCGGCGUACACCUUCAAGAAGACGGAGGGGGACAGACGCGUGGACUACCCCUGGAUGUUUGAGCCGCAGCUGGCAGAAGUCGACGGCAACGGCAACAUGCUGCCCUUCCCCACCGGCUACCUGCACAUGAAGUUCGAGGACAGCCAGGCGGUGCUGGACGACUACUCCGACGUGGUGCUGUACGAGCGCGGCCACCUCAACCCGGACCAGCACCAGUCGACGCCGCACGACCGCGCCGCCACCUACACGCUGACCAACGUGGUGCCGGAGAUGCGCGAGUUCAACAUCGGGCCGUGGCGCGAGUUCGAGGAGCGCAUCCGCGUGCGCCUCAACAACUUCUGCCGCGGCACGGCCUACGUGGUCACCGGCGUGACCACCAGGGGCAACACCAUCCGCCGCAACAACCAGGACCGCGUGGCCAUCCCGGAGGACGUGUGGUCCGCCUACUGCUGCACGGACUACGACCGCAACGCGCCGCACGACGUGCGCAUCCGCUUCCCGUCGCACGCGGCGCUGGGCAAGAACGCGAAGGAGGGCAACAGCGUGCACGAGAUGUCGGUGCAGGAGCUCGAGAUCUUCCUGAAGAACAACAUGGACGUGGACCAGAACCUGCAGCUCUUCUACGACAACUGCAUCUCCCCGUCGCCGCUGCCCCUGUACCUGCAGCACACCAUCUGAGACGCUCCCUGGAUGAGGCGUUUGAGAAAGUUGUCAUUUUCAGUGAAUGUGCCCGCACCGCAGUUCUUCUAUUGAAAACGUUGUUGGAGUUCUUUAAAUAAAAAUAAUUAAAUAAAAAAAGAAAGAAGAAGUGUUUGAUGAUGCUGAACAAGCCAGACUUCCCAUUAGAGGUGAUGAUUAGUUAUGAUGCAAAUGUGUGGCAGGUUUCUAUGCAAAUUGGCUCACUUAAUAAAAUAUCCCCGCUUG